AUGGCACAGGUUCUGGGAAAACAGAAAAGACAAGCAGGUGGCUUUUUGUUCAGUAGUCUGAGCUUUGCUGACCCAAACAGAAGAAAGAAAUCUCUUACUGGUUCACUCCUUAACACUGGAUUAAAUGCUCCAGGAGGGGCUGAAGAUGGGUCGAGGAAACAUCGAGAUACUGAUAGUUUAGUGUUAAAAAACACUCUGGCAGAGAAAACCAAGUUAGCAAGUGGUUUUGCCAGCAGUAUUUCUGGUGAUAUGACAUUUGGUGGCACUGCUUCAAAUCAAAAUAACAUUGGUAGGGGUCCAUCUGGCCAAAGUGGAUUUGAUGUGAAUGCGGUAAAUGGAUUGGGUGGCUCUAAAUCUGCUACCAGUGAAACAGAUAAUACCAACUCAAAAAGUAGGGCUGGAUUUAGUAGCAGUAUCUCUGGAAAUUUGAGAUUUGGUUUGGGGGCAUCUGAUCAGAAGGGAUUGGGCAUUGAUAGAGCUGACCAGAGUGAAAUAAGCAGCAGAGGAUCUGCCAGGGGUGAAUCAGUCGGUUUCGGAUUUGAUGUCCAUAGCCCAGUUGGAAUUGGGUCUUUUGGUUGGGAACUUGGAAAACAGAAGGGCAAUGCUGCAUUUGGUUUUGGAGCUUCUGGUUCAAGUUCAUUUGGUGACAGUGACAUUAAUGGCAAAAUAAAAAUUGAAGGAAAGCAAAUGAAUAGUUCUGGAGGACCCAUUCCCAAUGAUCUAGGUGAUACCAGUUUGAGAAAUCGGAAUACAUUUGCUGGUGACAGCUCUGGAAAAUCAGAAAUCAAUGUAGGGGUUUCUGGUCAACAGGGCUUUGGAAUCAAUGAAAUUGGAGGGACUAGAAUGAGAGGCAGUGGAUCUGCUGGGGCUGGAUUCAAAGGCUUUGGAUCUGAUGCUGGUAGCUCAGUGGGAAGGCCUGGGUCUUUUGAUUUUGGACUUGAAGGAAAGAUGUUUGGAACUGAAUUUGAUUUUGGAGAUUCUAGUUCAUAUCACUGGGGUGACAGUGGUGAUAAUGGCAACACCAGUGUAAGAAUUGGGGAUAAUUUUGUUGAUGGGAUAUCAGAAAAUUUGAGAUAUGGUUUUGAGAAAUUUGGUCAAAAGGAAUUUGAAAGCAGUGGAUCUUAUCAGAGUGAUAAGAGCAGCAGGGAAUCUGAUGCCAGUGGCUCAGUGGAAAAGUCCUCAUCGUUUGAUUUGAGACAUGGAGAAAGGAAACGUGAAGCUAAAUUUGAUUUUGGAGAUUCUGGUUCAAAUCGAUUUGAUGACACUGGCCUUAGUAAAAAUGUAAUAAAAGGAGAAAACACUUGGUCUUCUGGUUCUGGAAGUGGUGAAGGAAGGAAGGGUACAGCUGCAUUUGGUGGUGUUGCUUCUGGACCAAACGAAUUUGGUGAAACUGGCCGUGGUGGUACAGGUGUCACAAGCUCCUCUGACAGCAGUACCUCUGGACCAUUCAGUACUCCAGAAAAAGGAUCCAAUAUUCCAGAAGCCAUUCCGAAGUACUCAGAAGUGAGCCCAGUUAUUGGUGAAGCUACUACUUGGGGCAAAGGAAUAUAUAAAGCUUUCAAUGGCCUCAUCUUUUCCUUUGAGUCUUCCUGCGCAUACACUUUCUGCCAUCACUGCGUUGAAUCUGGAGGAGAUUUCAAUAUUGAGAUCAAACGAAAGAGUAAUGGUGACUUUGAAAAAAUAGCAGUUGAAAUCGAUAAUAAUGAGGUCUCUAUUUCUGGUGAUCGCAUUCUAGUUAAUGAAGAAAGAGUGCAGAUACCAUAUGACAAUAAAUUGAUACAUAUUAAAAAAUAUGGAGAACAUUAUGUCCUGAAAAGCCGUAGAGGAAUCCUGUCUUUGAUGUGGGACAAAAAUAAACUCUCACUUACUCUUCACAAGCAAUAUCCAACUUGUGGUCUUUGUGGUAACUUCAACAGCACUCCAGGAGACAACAUCAAUGAGCACAUUGCCAGUAGUAAAAUUCCUGGAGAUUGUCCCAAAGCUUUUAGUAAAAGCUAUGAAGUUUGUGAAGAUGGUGUAGAGUACUGUGACAAAAUUAUUGGAACUUACUUUGAGAAAUGUAGAAAGGUCGCCGCUUUUUCCAAUGACUACAGAAUGAUUUGCGUUAAUGACUAUUGCCAAAAUCCAGGCAAAAAUUCUACAUGUGACACUUAUUCAGAGUUGUCCCGCCUCUGUGCCUCAGAUGGUCCUGGUAUCUAUGAAUCCUGGCGAGAUGAUUCUGAUGUGACUUGUGGAAAACCUAGAUGCCCAGAAAAACAUAUCUACAAAGAAUGCGGUCCCUCAAAUCCUGCAACUUGUUCUAAUGUGGCUCCUUUUCAAGAUAGUGAAUGUGUGAAUGGCUGCUUCUGCCCAGAAGGUUAUCUAUUGGAUGAUAUUGGAGAAAAAGGGGGAUGUGUAUUAAAGACUGAAUGUCCCUGUAGCUUACAUGGAAAGAUCUAUAAGUCAGGGGAAGUCCGAAGAGGUCCUUGUGGUUCUCAGUGCACGUGCCAGAAUGCUAAGUGGUCUUGUACGGAAGCAUUAUGUCCUGGAAGAUGUAAGGUGGAAGGAAAUUCAGUCACCACCUUUGACGGUAUUAAAUACUACCAUCCUGGAAACUGUCACUUCUUGGCCAUCCACCAUAAAGACUGGUCUGUUAGUGUUGAACUUCGUCCUUGUCCAAGUGGCCAGUCAGGAACGUGCUUAAAUAGUGUUACACUCCUCUUAAAUUCGCCUAUUUCAGGUAACAAGUAUGUAUUCAGUAGGAAUGGAACAAUCACAAACAAUGGGAUUGAAUAUACAAAUCAAAGUUAUGAUGAUUCAGGUGAAGUAUAUGUCUUCAAAGCAUCUUCCUCAUACCUUCAAGUAGAAACAAACUUUGGUGUAAAAAUGCAAAUACAAAUUUCUCCUGCGAUGCAGUUGUAUGUUUCAGUGCCACCUAACAGUUUCACAGAUACUGUAGGACUCUGUGGUUCCUUCAACAACAGAGUAGAGGAUGAUUUAAUGUCAAGUCAGAAUAUAUUGGAGAAGACACCUCAGGCAUUUGCUGAUUCUUGGGAAAUGAUGCCCUGUCCUAAAGGAAAACCCACUUCCUGCAUCAGUAUAGAAAAAGAAAAAUUUGCUGAAGAGCACUGUGGAAUUUUUCUUGAUUCAGACGGGCCUUUUGCUUCCUGCCAUCCAGUUGUGAAGGCUAAACCAUAUUAUGAGGAAUGCAAAAGGUACAGUUGUGCUUGUGAAAACAGUGAAGACUGCCUGUGUACGGUUUUUGGCAACUAUGUGAAAGCAUGUGCUGAGAAAGAAGUAUACAUGGUGGGAUGGAGAACCGGACUGUGUGAUUCCUCUUGUCCAAGUGACCUCAUUUUCAAGUACAAUAUAAAAGCCUGCAAUAAAACUUGUCGAUUAUUGUCAGAGAGAUAUAGGAGCUGUGAUAUAGAAGAUGUUCCAUUUGAUGGAUGCACUUGCCCUGAUGGAAUGUACCAGAAUAAUGAAGGGAAUUGUGUUCCAAAAUCUCAGUGUGACUGCUACAUAAAUGGCAAGGUCAUUCAACCAGGCAAACUCAUCAAUAUUAAUAACAACAGAUGUGUCUGUCGGGAUGGAAAUUUUCUUUGCCAGACUCCCAUUAGUUCAGCCCAACAGAAUUGUUCUGGAGGGGCUGAAUAUGUUGACUGCAGGGGCCCGAGGGCACAGAGAAGAGUUGAUAGUAAAUGUGGUGCUUGGAACAUGCCUGGUUUUGAUGAGAACUUGCCUUGCAAAGCUGGGUGCUACUGUCCAGUAGGCAUGGUUCGAAAUUCUAAAGGGAACUGCGUCUUUCCUGAAGACUGCCCAUGUUCUUUUGGUGGAGGGGAGUAUGAACAAGGAAGUGUUACCUCAGUUGGCUGCAACAACUGUACUUGCGUAAAAGGAUCUUGGAGCUGUACACAAAAUAAAUGUCAAACCGUCUGCCACAUCUAUGGGGAAGGUCAUGUUAGAACUUUUGAUGGAAAAAGUUACAGCUUUGAUGGUCUCUGCCAAUAUUCAUUUGCUGAGGAUUAUUGCGGUCGGGAAAGUGGCACAUUCCGUAUUUUAACUGAAAGCGUCCCAUGCUGUGAAGAUGGGCUUACGUGCUCAAGAAAAAUCAUAGUUGCUUUUCAGGAUCAGAAUGUUGUCUUGCAUGAUGGUAAAGUAACAGCCUCCAAAAUUACAGAAAGUAAGGACUGUGGGCUCAGUGAAAAUACAUAUUCCGUACAUACUGUUGGCCUGUACCUGAUUCUAAAAUUUUUAAAUGGGAUAACCAUAAUUUGGGACAAGAAUACAAGAGUUUCUGCUAUACUGGAUCCUCGCUGGCAUGGCAAAGUGUGUGGUCUUUGUGGAAACAACAAUGGUGAUCUCAAGGAUGAUUUCAUAACAAGGCAUUCAUCAGAAGCUAUUGGAGCACUGGAAUUUGGAAAUAGUUGGAAAACGAGUCAAAAAUGUGCAGACACAGCAGCACAAUAUUUCCCAUGUGACUCAAACCCAUACUGUAAAGCCUGGGCUGUGCAGAAAUGUGGGAUCAUCCGGGACAGCACCUUCAAAGAAUGCCACCACAAGGUGGACCCCGAAGCUUACCUAGAAGCAUGUAUUGAAGAAGCCUGCUCAUGUGACAUGGAGGGGAAAUAUUUGGGAUUCUGCACGGCUGUGGCCAUGUAUGCAGAGGCAUGCAGUGCAGUUGGAGUCUGUGUCUCAUGGAGAAAACCAGAUCUCUGUCCUGUUUUCUGUGAUUAUUAUAAUGGACCCGGGGAAUGCAGUUGGCGCUAUGAACCUUGUGGUACAGUAACUACAAAAACAUGCAGAGAUCGAGUUAUUGGCCAGAAAUUUUCUGCAGUUUUAGAAGGUUGUUAUGCUAAGUGCCCGGAUAAUGCUCCUUAUCUGGAUGAGAACCUCAUGAAAUGCGUCCGUUUAUCUGAGUGCAGCUGUUUCUAUAACGAUAUCGUACCAGCAGGCGGAGUGAUUCAGGAUAACUGUGGGAGAACAUGCUAUUGUAUCGCAGGAGAAUUGGAGUGCAGUGGUGAUGCUGCUUCUACAAAUUCGACAUUCACAGCAAUUACAUCAGUAACCAGUAGCUCAGGCGCAGCAGCUUCCACUCCAGUGCUUACAAGAUCAAGCAGUGAAACAAUAGGAGGAACCGGCAGCCCGCCCGCAGCCACCAGAGGAGGGACCCCAGAAGGAACAGAGGGCUUCACAACAGCCGCAGGGAGUGAGAAGACAAGUGGAGAUUCAGCUGGCCCAGGCACAACCUUGGGAGACAGAGCAGGUAUGGAAAUCCAAGGUGGGAAGCAUCUUGUUCCUGACGUGCGGGAAGCUGCCGGUGGCUUCUGA